GCAGAGACGGUGAGCGAAGACGACUAGUAUCUUGUAUUUUCAGCUUAUGAUCAUCACGAUAAGCAGCAUACUGUUGAAGGCGUUUGAAAGUUGUCUCAAAGGACUGGUUCAGAUAUGGCAAAGUCUAUGUUGUUCAUAGUGUCAAUGCUGAUAGUACUAGCAUUCAUCACACCAGGAUGCGAAUCGCAAGAGCUCGAAGAUGCGUACUCCGAAUGCGAGUCGACGGAAUUCCAAUGUGCCAACAGACAGUGCAUUCCCGAUGAAGGGCUGUGCGAUGGUGAACCGCAGUGUGAAGAUUACACGGACGAGUACAAGUGCCAAGAGAUGGAGGAGUUAGCUCUCAUGUACGAAACCAUUUUUGACGGUGACAUCAUUGGCUUGGAUUUGAAUGACACCGGAAGUGGUAAUGACACUUUUGAGGAAGCUACUCAAACCCCCGGCAGUAAAGAUCAAGUUGCAAAAAGUCGCGCCAAAAGGUCAACGUACUUCUAUAUUAGAGGAAGAAGAGGCCGGUACUAUAAGUACUUUAAGUACCCCAAGUACCCCCGCGGCUACCUUUGGUAUAUCGUUGGUAAGUGGUGUAGGAAGCACAAGGCAAUCAAACCGGUAACAACCACUACAACCACCACCCUUGCUCCAACUGAUAAGCCGAUUCCUUCGACAACUACCCAAGAACCAACUGAGGCGAUUCCUUCUACAAGCACUUCAGCUACAUCCACCAACGACCCAACUAACGCGAUUCCUUCUACAACCACCACCCUUGCUCCAACUGAUAAGCCGAUUCCUUCGACAACUACCCAAGAACCAACUAACGCGAUUCCUUCUGUUACAAGCACACAGGAUCCAACGGCUCCACCACCAUAGGUGACAAGCACGGUUGAACCAUGACGAUUCAUCAGGCGCACCCAAGAACCAACUGAGACGAUUCCUUUUACAAUCAAACAAGAACUAUAGGCGAUUCCUUCUACAACCACCCAGAACCACCUAACGCGAUUCCUUCUAUAACCCAAGAAACAACUACUGCGAUUCCUUUUACGAGCAAACAAGAACCAACUGAGGCGAUUCCAUCUACCCAAGAACCAACUAUAAGGCAAUUAUUCUCCAUCUAAGAACCAACUAUGGCGAUUCCAAUUCUUCAAGAACCACCCAAGAACCAACUAAGGCGAUUCCUUCUACAAGCACCCAAGUACUAUAACUAAGGCAAUUGAAUUAUUCAGAUCUCUAUAGUUGACAUUACCUUCGUUUACUAUAGGACAGUGUUCGUUUCAUAUAAAAAGCAAAUUAAAGGAACUGGACAAUAUUGGUAAUUACUCAAAAUAGUUGAUAGCAUACAAAAUUACGUGGUAACAUGCAAUGUAGAGCUGUUGAAAGUAUAACACAGUGUGAGAAAUGGCUCCCCUAUGAAGUGACGAAGAUUUUGAGAAAGAGGUAUUUUCUCACCCAUAAAGACUUGAUGUGACCCGUUUUUAUAGUGCAUCUAAAGCCACACAAAGUAACGCAACAAGUGUCUUUUUUCUUUCAUUAUUCUCUUGCGAAUUCAAUGACCAAUUUAUCUACAGAUCGAUCGCACCAUGACGUCCUUGACCGCCAUCUUUGAUGACAAACAACAAUUUGAAAAAUGCACAGGUAGUGCUCGCGCUGCGCGCACGACUCUCGGGCAAUAGAGAUGUUUAGUUGCACGUUCCGCGUCAACAUGAACGUGAACGUCAGAAAAUUGUGACGUUAAAAUCUCACGUUUAAAUAGCA